UUCAGAGGCCAAAGCAAAGGAAUGGCCUGAUCAUUAGCUUUAGACACACACAAAAGCAGCACAAACAUACUGUAAACACCCACAGUUCCAUAAAAACCUGAAGUACAUUGUGUUUUCUCAGAAGAAUCAGGACGCUUCACUGCCAGCAUCACAGAGCUGACUGGACCUUGUGUUUGACAGAGACAUCAUAUCAGCGGAGCAAAGGAAACUGAUGAAGGAUGAGUGCAUCUAGGUGGCCAAUCACACCUCUGCUGCUCUACCUAUUCAGCACAGCUACUUCAUCCCCGGUUUCCAUUUCCACAUCUGCUCCACCUCUUCCAUCACAAAUUUCACCUCCCUCUCCCCUUUCAACCGUGCUCCCAUCUCUACUGUCUCCUUCUCUUAGUGUCACUCCACCCUUCCCUUCCCUCUCCAGAAACAAUGCAGACUUGACAGAAAAAGACUGGUGCUCUUUGACAAUUUCACCCUCAACCUUGGUGGUCAGGUUUGGGGAUCCAGUCACAGCCAACUGCUCCCUGCUGGGUGCAAGGAUGGGUUUUCUGUUUCUGGGUUGGAAAGUCCCAAUGAAAGCUCCUGAAUCAACUCAUCAUCAUUUUCUAGUCUGGAGUGUGGACAGGAUGACCGAAUGGGGCAUCAAGCCUACGUGUUGGGUUGCAUCUGACCAGACAGGACAGUGCGAAUUAAAGCUCCCUCUGAUAGUCUUUAAACCUCCUGAUAACGUGUCCAUCAGCUUUGUUAACCACACCGGGCCGAUGCUCGAGGGUCAUCAAUACACUCUGCAGUGUAUAGUACAGGAUGUCGCUCCCGUUGAACACCUUACUGUGACCUUCUACAAAGGAGCGACAGAACUGGCUCCAUUACAGUCCAUCAACACAAAUACAACACCAGUGACUGAGAUCUUCACAUUGAACAUCACUCCUACUAAAGAUGAUGAUGGAGUCCUUUACUGGUGUAAGGCCACGCUAGAACUGGGACCUGCAGGACCUCGGCAUCCUCCAGUGGUGAGGUCACAAAAGCUCACUGCCACGGUCCUCUAUGGGCCACAGAUUAUUUGUCCGACAAAACUUCAGGUGAGACAAGGAGAGAGCCUCAGCUGCGAGGUGAAGGGAAACCCUAAGCCAUCAGUCACCUGGUUCAGAGACGGGCAGGUGUUUGCCUUGCCCAAUCACUCAAGCAGACAGCAUGAUGGGCAUUACACAGUCUCUGCAAAAGGACUAGGACAGAAAAACUUUACAGUAGAGGUGGAGGUCAUACCUGACAGUGGAACUGCUAACAGCUGUAACAGACUUUUCCUAUUGGCCAUCCUGCUUCUUCAGACAAUUAUCUGGCAGUAACACCUAAAAGAAACCGAUGUGAUGCAUCUUCUUAUGCUGUAUUGAUUUAAGGUUCCUGCAGUGAAAAUUGUUUCUCUUCUCUUGAUCAAAUGAAUCUUUAUUUUUC